AUGACUAUCUGCCGUGUUACCCUUUUCAAGAUCCCCAAGGAGGAGGAUCGCAAGACCGUCCUUGCUUUGUACCGCACAAUGCAGAAGGAUGCUCUCAAGGAUGGUGCCCCUUAUAUCCUCUCCGUCAAGGCGGGGUCAACCUUCGAGGACCAGCGCCGUCAGGGAUUCAACCUCGCUGUCGUGUCUGAGUUUGCCAGCGAGGAUGACAUGAAGUUCUAUGACAACGACUGCAAGGCCCAUGCCGCGUUGAAGACCGUUGCGAAGCCAUUGCUGGAGGGAAUCAUGAUGACAUACUUCGAGCCGAUUGAGACCUCUAGCUAG